AUGUUCUCUUACGUUAUUUUACUCAACUGUAUCCGAUUAUCUUCCUCUCUCUUCCCUGGUGCGGAACCAGAUGAAGGAGAUGUCCGUCAUCUGUAUCCACCGAUUUAUAUUGGCGUUGGAUUAGCAGAGCAUGCUCAUGCGAUUCCGUAUUUACUGGGAUGGGUGGAGAAUUUGGAUUAUCCGAAAGAUCGAAUUAAGCUAGAAUUCUUUAUUUUAAACAAGGAAGAUGCGACUGUUCAUCAAGUCAAAUGGUGGCUUGAUUCAACCAAACAGUAUUUCAAGUCAGUGAAAGUGACAGAAGAUGUGGAUAAUUGGUUGGAAACUGCCCUGCGGAAUGCACGACUUCAGAAAACAGAAAGAUGCCUUCUGAUUUCAGGAGAUACUGUACCAACAGAAAUGAAUAUGAUACAGAUGUUAUCGAAUGAGAAAAGCCACGUGGCAGUAUCUCCACUAUUUCAAUCGAUUGAUGAUUCAUCAAAUAUUGAAGAACCGUCAGAGAAUCUCUUAAGAAGGAUCAAUUUAAGAGAAGAAACAUUUUCAUUUGCACUUCCGAUGGUAAUCAAUCUUGUUUCAAUGGAUUCCUCCUAUCUCACUUUUGAUAAAAAUAAUCUACCGUAUUACGAAGGAGCAGAUGAUCCAAGUGAAGUAUUUGUGAUGUCUGCGAAGAAUAUGGGAAUAUCAUUAUGGGCAGAUAAUCAAGUGAAUUACGGAAUAUUUGUAAACCCAGAACUCGAUAUUGAGGAGAGAAGAAAUGUAAUUAGAUAUCAAAUUGCUGAUCUUAUAGCAGAUGAAAAAACCCUUCCUUUUGUAUCAAGAAGUGUUAGACCAUGGCAACCGGAAUCAACGAAACAAGGGGUUGAUAAAAUCUAUCUGAUAAAUUUGAAGAGACGAUCGGAACGUCUCAAUCGAAUGCAUAAAAUCUUUGAUCUUCUUGGUGUUGAAUACAGUUUAUUAGAAGCAACCGAUGGGCAACAACUGGAAGAUCUUCCCGCAGAUCUGAAGAACUAUCAUAUAUUGAAUGGAUAUCUGGAUCCAAUUACGAAGAGACCGAUGAAAAAAGGGGAGAUUGGAUGUUUCUUGAGUCAUUAUAGAAUCUGGCAAGAUGUGGUCAAGAACAAGUUGAAAAAAGUGAUUGUAUUUGAGGACGAUCUUCGGUUUUCUUAUAAUGGAUUGACGAGAAUAAAGGAAGUUUUACAAGAUUUGGAUGCAUCUCAGAAAGAAUGGGAUUUGAUUUAUUUGGGCAGAAAGAAACAAUCGGAUAAUGAAGAACUGUGGAUUCCACUUCACAGACAUCUAUCAAGUGUUGAAUAUUCGUAUUGGACACUUGGCUAUAUGUUAUCUUUGAGUGGAGCAGAGAAGCUAUUGGUUCCAGAACCAUUGAAGAAAGUGGUUCCAGUUGAUGAAUAUCUUCCAAUUAUGUUCAAUAAACAUCCGAAUAAGGAAUGGUCUUCACAUUUCGAACCGCUUGAUUUGAAUGCUUUCACUUUGUAUCCAUUAGUUGUAUUCCCACAAAGAUAUACAAAUGAACCCGGAUACGUUUCCGACACAGAAGAUUCAGUGAUCGUGACACCAAAACCUAAAAACACUGAACUCUGA